AUGGCGCAGAACCACAUGGACCAGGACUUCAUGGGAGACGACUGCUUCGGGGAGCACUACGCCGAAGACCCUGAGCUAGCAGCGAUCAAGGCCAGGGUGCACGAGAUGGAGAUGGAGGAAGAGUCCGAACGUCUACGAUUAGAGGAGUGUGAUGCUGUGGACAUGCAGCUUCUGACAAGUAGUUCUCAGUUAAAUGACUUAAAAGGGCCGUUUUACAACAUGACACCUGAGGAAAGGAUAGAUGCUGACAACAGAUCUGUCUACGUUGGAAAUGUGGACUAUGGUGCAACAGCAGAUGAGUUGGAAAUCCAUUUCAAUGGUUGCGGCCCAGUAAACAGGGUUACCAUCCUUUGUGACAGGUUUUCUGGUCAUCCUAAAGGGUUUGCCUACAUUGAGUUUUCUGAUCGUGAGUCUGUGGAUUGUGCCAUUGGAUUGCAUGAGACCUUGUUUAGGGGUAGAGUUCUAAAGGUAAUGCCUAAAAGAACAAACAUGCCUGGGAUCAGCACCACAGACCGGGGCGGUCAUCGUGGAGGACCACCCAGAGGCCGAGCUCGAGGUUUCAGACCUCCCAGAUACCCCAGCAGCUCUCGAGGCAGGUUCAGGUACCAGACGCCAAGACCGCAACAUCAGAGCCCAUACCCGUACUAUGGAGGCCCUCCAGUAGGGAAGAGGCCGUGGGGACACAUGGAUUAUCAUCAUGAACAGGUGAACAAGCGUUAUCCCUGUCUUCUCCUCAUCACCCCUCCAUCUGAAGAAGUGGGUGCUGAAUCUGGUCGACACCACUAUCCACACCAACGUUAA